GUGAGGGAAAAACUGGCAGAACAUUCUUCCUUCAGGUUGCAAGUCACAGAAGGCUGAUCUGAACUUCUCUCCAGCGGGUCUUCAUUGCUCAAAUCUCUGAGGCAGCUAUGGCAGCAGUUCCUGAAUUCAGCGAUGAAGUGACAGCUUACCACAGUGAUGAGAAUGAAAUGUUCUUUGAAAUCGACGGCCCCAAACAACAGUAUUGCUUCCAAGACCUGGACCUUUGCUCUCUGGAUGAGGGGAUCGAGCUGCAAAUCUCCCAUCAGCACUUCAACAAGAGUUUCCGGCAGGUGGUGUCACUCAUCGUGGCUGUAAAAAAGCUGAGGAAGGAACUGGUUCCUUGCCCAUGGACUUUCCAGGAUAAUGACCUGAAAACCUUCUUUCCCUUCAUCUUUGAAGAAGAACCCAUCAUCUAUGACACGUGGGAUGACAAGUAUGAGUGUGAUGCACCCGUCCUAACACGGAACUGCAGACUCCAUGAUGCACAACAUAAACACUUUGUGUUGUCUGACCCAUGUGAACUGAAAGCUCUUCAUCUCAAUGGAGAUAAUCUGAACCGACAAGUGGUGUUCUCCAUGAGCUUUGUACAAGGAGAAAGAAGAGAUGACAAAAUCCCUGUUGCCUUGGGCCUCAAGGGAAAGAAUCUGUACCUGUCCUGUGUGAUGAAAGAUGAUAAACCUGUCCUGCAGCUGGAGAGUGUAGACCCUAAACAGUACCCAAAGAAGAAGAUGGAAAAGCGAUUCAUCUUCAACAAGAUAGAGAGCAAAAGCACAGUAGAAUUUGAGUCUGCUCAGUUCCCCAACUGGUACAUCAGUACCUCUCAAACAGAACACAUGCCUGUCUUCCUGGGAAAUAACCAUGGUGGCCAGGACAUAACUGACUUCCACUUGGAAUUCGUGUCUUCCUAAGGAGCACCACACCCAGUGGGUCAACAUCUGGUGAAUGUAGCCUUGACCCUCAGGCCUGGAAUAAGAGGGUUUGAGCACAACUGAAGGCUGGAUUUGACUGUUACCCACUGACACCAGCUGUCUUUCUUAAGUGCAUGCUAAGAAGUCCUCUUGCCACCAGCUGGGGCAAAUGCUCUCUCCUCCUCCUCUCACCUCUCCUGCUUCCUCCAAGCAAGCCUAGUGGAAAGCCUGGUGCAUUCUAUUCAAAGUCUCCCUCUAUUCUUCACUCCCAGCUCCUAAUGAGCAACCACUUUCCUAUUUAUUUAUUUAUUUAUUGGUUGGUUUAAUUCAAGGGGGACAAGGGGCAGCAGUGCCUGUGAAAGAACGCUAGUCUUUAAUAUUUAUGGAAUGAAUAUAAUUUUGACUGGUACUCUGUUUG